AUGUCUAUUCACAAAAUAAUUCGUGCUGUAAAUGAUACUUCAUUCAUACCAACCGGUGACGACCCUUCGUCAGACCAGAGCGGCGGCGGCGGCAGCUUCGAUCCUUCCACUGGCAAUUCCGACCCUUCUUCCUCUUACUCUCCUCCGUUUUCCAAUGAUUCCUUUUAUCCCUCCAAUUAUGAUGAAUUGGACUACCAAGCAAAUGUUGUUUAUAACUUGAACAAUUGGCUCAGCGUAGUCAGCAUCGUCGGAGGAUUAACAGUCUUGAUCGUUAUGAUAUCAAUAUGGCUAUACGACAGGAAGUUGGUUAACAGAGUGUCGCUCAGGCUGACCGCUGUGAUAUCAUUUAUCGAUAUUUUGGCUGCCAUCUCGGUUAUCGUGUAUACGCAAGUGCCAGGAGAAGAUAACAUUGGAUGUAUGAUUCUCGGAUGGACAUUGUCAUUUUUACCCCAAUGUUAUUUAUUUUUAACUGUAAUGAUUGCAUUCAAUUUACAGCUCGUGUUCCUCCACAGACGUAAAGUUGCUUCUUUUUCUGACAAAUGGUAUAUUCCAGUUGCCAUAUUCAUUGCCUUUAUUAUAAAUCUUCCACCUGCCAUUUUCCACGUCUUCGGCUAUGAGUCCUCUAGCAGUUCUUGCUUCUACCGCACAGACGCGUUCUCAACAAAAGAAAUGCUCUACUGGAAGCUCUUUACCUUCAUACUCCCUUGCGCUCUCACAAUGAUAUACUGCACUGUAAUAUUAUCUAUCAUUGUCUUCAAAAUCAAGUUUGUUAACAAAAAGAUAGCGUCAAUUGGAGGUGGAACUUCGUCAAGAAGGAGUGAAAAAGAAAGACAAAAGGAGUUACUGGUGUUAAAGCUAGUCAGUCGCAUUACACUGUACGCCGUUGUACCUCUAAUUACGGUUGGAGGAAUUGUGGUGACUUAUAUGUUUGACGUCGUUGCGCCAGAGACACCAUUCGGGAUUAUUGUCUGGAGUGAUGUUGGCAGUUCUUUACCUGGCUUUUUCAAUUGCCUCGCUUUCCUCUUUGACCCAGCGAUCCACAACGCACUACGCAAAAUCAAAAAGGAUCUCAUUUCGAAAUACGGCCCCAGCUCACCAUUCUCUCCCCCAAUGUCGCCAUUAUCCCCGCUGACAGCAUUCUCGCCUACCAUGGUAGCCUCAUCUAUUAAUUCAAGCAAAUUAUCGUCAACUCACCGUGCAUCAUACAUAAAUGCUAUGCGCGGAGAACUCAAAGAUUUCAAGAGCGAGAACAUGAGGCUAUCGUUUAAUCCUGCGGGAAUGACAAAGUUGGAACAAAGAUUAACAAAGGUCGAAAUAGAACGACGAGAGAAUAGAAGUAAAUUCAUGGUUUGGUUUGUUAGAACCUUUCUCAUUGGUGGUUCAGACCAUCAAAGAACCGAGAUAGGCAGUAAUGGCGUAAAUUCCGGAAAAGACAUUUCCCAACAGUAUCAACAGGGUAGUAUCAGUCAGAAUACUUACACGCCACCAAACGCAGCCGCAUCUCCCACAGUAUUUUCUACGCAGACGAUAAUUUCGGCAGUUCCAUUGGCAAAGAAGAAGAAGAACAAGGGCAAAUGGUUUUUGAAAAAGAAAGAGAGAAAAAGCGAAGCAUCGUUUAUACAAGUUACUGUUUCAAGGACGCCCGAGCCUGAGCCUCAACACAAGAUUAUCGAGAUGUAUAGCGAUAAUGAAGACGAUAACAAAGAUUACUCAAGUGUAUACGAUAAUCUCGACUGUGUCGAUGCGUGUGCUAGUUAUUCAUCCUCUAUCGGUCAAUAUUCAGACACGUUGGCGCCGUCAUUCUCGUCCUUUUUGUCUUCACCAUUCCGGACAAGUACCUCGAGUUUCUCGACCGCGAAGGAUCCAGAUGAGAUUGAGAUUGAGAAGUUGUAG